CUCUCUCUCUCUCCUCCGCCUCCGCCAUUCCCAAAGGCCCGCUUCGCUUUUGUUUACUCUCCGGCUCCCUCCACGCAUUCCCCUUUCCGCCGCCCAUGCGGAUCCGCCUCCUCGCAUCCGCCGCCGUCGCACGCCUCGCCCGCGGCCGAAUCUGAUCCGGGGUGGGCGUCGGGGAUGGGGGCGGGGCUAGGGGAAGGGGAAGGGGCGGCCGUGGAGGAGGCCACGGGGUACGAGGUGGGCAUCGUGGUGCCCAAGCUCUCCCGCGCCGCCGCGGCGGGGCCCGCCGAGGACUGCGUGGCGCGGCUGGUGCGGGAGCUCGAGGGCGCCGGGCUGCUCGUCGAGCGCGUCCGCGGCGUCCCCGCCGAGUUCAUCAAGCUGGCGGCGCCGAUGGGGACCCUGGGGAGAGCGGCUGCGGAGAUGCAGAUGAAGAAGCUAACCUACAUCGGAAUGGAGCUUCAGUUUGAAUGGGACCAGGUCGCAGCAUUUGUCAGGCAGCCAGAUGGGUCCCUGUUCAGCUGGAGAGAGCGAUAUUGCUGCUUCAGUUACUUGAUACAUGGCAUAGUGAACAAGACAAACUCUGAAAUAACUCUUAAAUUUGAUGGCAAGGAGUUCCAUUGGAAGAAAAAUGAGUCACUAUUGACAAGGCUGGAGUCUGAAGGAGUUGUAAAGCUAGUGUUCCCUUUGCAUGAUGAAAUUAAAAGGAAGCAACUCCUGAGAAAUUGGGCGCUCAAUUGGCUUGACUUCACAUGGCAACCUAUUGAUGAGAUUUACUCCUACUUCGGAACGAAGAUUGCUACAUACUUUGCGUUCCUAGGAAUGUAUACACGAUGGCUUUUCUUCCCAGCUGUUUUCGGACUGGCAACUCAACUUAUAGAUUUUGGGUCAUUGCAGUGGUUGGUUCUUCCUGCUUUCUUUAUCUUUGUUAUUUCUUGGGCAGUCUUCUUUUUGCAAUUUUGGAAACGGAAGAAUUCAGCACUUCUUGCAAGAUGGGGUAUAAAUUGUUCAUUAUCUGAAUACAAAAAUAUGGGCAAUGAACUUGGCUCCUUGGGUGAUUCUCUUACUACCGAGGAAAAGAAGUUUGGUGAUGUAUCUGCUGAGAAAAGGAAUUUGCAAAGGAACGAAUGGUUUGGUGUCCUCCUUAGAAUAAGGAACAAUGCUAUCAUUGUGUUGGCUAUCAUUUGUCUUCAGCUGCCAUUUGAGUUGGCAUAUGCUCAUCUAUACGAGAUUACAGAAACUGAGGUGAUGAGGUAUUUGUUGACUGCUAUAUAUCUUGUUGCAAUUCAGUAUUACACCAGAAUUGGAGGCAAGGUAUCUGUCAAUUUGAUAAAGUAUGAAAACAACCAAGGAGAAGAAUCUAGUUCUGCUAGCUUAGUUUAUAAGGUCUUUGGCCUUUACUUUAUGCAGUCAUAUAUUGGGUUAUUUUACCAUGCUUCUUUGUAUCGUGAUAUACUGGCCCUACGGAAAGUUCUCAUCCAGCGUCUCAUUGUGUCCCAGGUAUUAGAAAAUCUGAUUGAGAAUUCGAUUCCUUACCUCAAGUACAGCUAUAAAAAGUACAUAGCUGUCCACAAGAAAAAGCAGGAGAAAGAAUCACCCUCAGGAAAGUCAGUCCGGUUAUCAACAAGAGUGGAGAAAGAAUAUUUAAAACCCUCUUAUACUGCAAGCAUUGGAGCAGAACUUGAAGAUGGUUUAUUUGAUGAUUUUCUGGAGCUAACUCUACAGUUUGGAAUGAUCAUGAUGUUUGCAUGUGCAUUUCCGCUGAUUUUCUGUUUUGCAGCUCUGAACAAUGCUACUGAAAUCAGAGCAGAUGCAUUGAAGUUAUUAGUCAUGUUGAGAAGGCCUGUCCCCCGUGCUGCAGCUACGAUUGGAGCUUGGUUGAAUAUAUUCCAGUUCUUGGUGGUAAUGGCAAUAUGCACAAACUGCUUGCUUCUUGUUUGCCUCUACGAUGCCGAGGGAAACUGGAGGAUUGAGCCAGGACUUGCAGCAAUCCUAAUAAUGGAGCAUGCUCUCCUCUUAAUCAAGUUUGGUUUCUCACACUUCGUGCCUGAGGAGCCUGCGUGGGUGAAAGCAAAUCGAGUACGAUACGUAGCUCAGGCACAAAAUGUCUGCUCCAAACAACUUUUGAAGAGCAUUUCAAAGUUGGACGCAAAACUGGACUGAGAAACAUCAGGUGCAGUUUAGAAGGCAAUGCUAGUUUUGUAGCUUAGGUAGAGCGGGAUUUGUAUAGCCAAAGUUGUACAAAUUGUAGGGAUAUAACAUCUUGAUUCUGCUAAUUGUUAAGUGUAGAUAUCGGCUUAUCGUUACCUGACCUACUGGUAAAUGCGUAGAGCAGAAUGACCUUAAGGAGUAAGAAUGUGAGUGUUUUCCUUUGGGGUGUGGUUCAAUUUUACUGCUGUUGAGUCGAACUGAAACUUGGUAGUUGACAAAGUGAGCGCAAACGAAUUGAAGGUGUGUGGAAAGCCCUCGUCGGCGACAAUCAUCAAUUUACUGGAGUAAUAUGUCA